GUGGACGGACGGGAACUCAAAGGAGUUACGGAGAAGUUCAGGUUCAUUCCGGUCGUUAAUUUUCAUCAAACAGAGCCUAAAAUGUUUUCUUUGCGUGUGUUAUGUUGUCUUCUCGCCUUGUUUGUAUAUGAUGUCCGCGGGAUGUACGAUCCUGAUGAGGUGGUGGAUCUGCCAGGCAUGUCUUUUAAACCCAACUAUCGCCAGUGGUCAGGAUAUCUGAAGGCUAGUUCUGGGAAAUAUUUGCAUUAUUGGUUUGUGACUUCUCAGAGGGACCCCAUUAGAGAUCCAGUCGUGCUGUGGCUAAAUGGAGGGCCAGGUUGCAGCUCUUUGGAUGGGUUUCUGUCAGAAAAUGGCCCAUUUUAUGUCAACGAUAAUGGAGCUACCCUUUAUGAAAAUGAAUUCAGCUGGAAUAAAAUUGCCAAUGUUCUGUAUCUUGAGUCACCCGUUGGAGUAGGUUAUUCCUACUCGGAUGACCAAAAAUACGCAACCAAUGAUGACGAGGUGGCAGAUAACAACUACCUGGCUUUGCAGAGCUUUUUCACCAAGUUUCCAAAUUUCACCCAGAAUGAGUUUUACAUUUUUGGCGAAAGUUACGGAGGCAUCUAUGCACCCACACUCAGUCUGAGAGUUGCUACUGGUGGUCAGCUUAAAGUAAACUUCAAGGGUUUUGCUGUGGGAAAUGGCAUUAGUAGUUUUGCACUAAAUGACCAGUCGUUUAUCUACUUUGGUUACUAUCAUGGCCUAUUUGGAGAACAGUUGUGGAAGGACCUGAAUUACAAUUGUUGUGAAAAUGGAGUCUGUAACUUCUACAACAAUUCUAAAAAGUCUUGCUCUGUUCUGGUAUCACAUGCAUUUAAUAUAGUGUAUAAUUCUGGGUUGAAUGAAUAUGCGCUGUAUCUUGAUUGCGCUGGAGGUGUUGGAUCUCAGAAGAGCUAUCAGAGAACCAUGAUCCAUCUGUUUAGAAACUUCAGGAAGCUUUGGGAAUCUAAUUAUUUAGUGGAAAAUUCUCCAAUGAUUAAGGGAGUGCCUCCGUGUAUAAAUAGUACUGCACAGAUUAACUGGCUUAACCGAGGGGAUGUGAGAAAGGCGCUGCACAUCCCUGAUGUACUACCACCAUGGGACAUCUGCAGUGAUGAAGUGGGUGCCCAGUAUCGUACAAUCUAUGAAACUGUCAAGGAUGUCUAUAAAAAGCUACUGGCUUCAGAGCUAAGAGCUUUGGUUUAUAAUGGAGACACUGAAAUGGCUUGAAACUUCCUUGGAGACCAGUGGUUUGUCGAAGACCUUGGACAGAAGGCAACCACAAAGUACCAGCGCUGGUUGUAUGAUAACCAGAUUGCAGGAUUUUACCAACAAUUUGGCAACAUCACUUUCCUAACGGUCAAGGGUGCUGGUCACAUGGUUCCUCAGUGGGCUCCUGGUCCAUCUCUCCACAUGCUUGAACGUUUCUUGUCCAGUAAGCCUUACUGAUUUUCCUCCAGACCACGUUCUGUCUCAAAGCACCUCGUUGGUUUUUCAGAGGUGGUUCUGGAUGUGUUCUUAACUGUGUGAAAAUAUGAAUUAAUUGGACAUGAAGUUGAGCCUUCAUUUUCUCAGGGACUGUAGGUAUAUCUGUUUUUGAAUAUGAUUGGAAUUUGUUUAAAUGCCUUUAUAUUGUUGAUUGUUUUACCAUCUUACAAUGCCAUACCAUGGUGAUGCAGAUCAUAAUUUUCUAUUCCAGAAAUGUCCCCAUCAACAGCACUUUUUAAACUUUUCAAUCUUAGUUUAGUUAGUACAUACCGUUUGUUCUUUUAAAAGCAGCAUUGAUUUCACAUAGGUAAAAACGGCUUCCUUGCGCAGUCUACUUUUAUAGGAUUUUUGAUUAUUGUGAUAUGCUAUUUGUCAAUUUUGUGAAAUAAAUUUCUGAAUGAAUGUGUUUUAUUCUUCAAUGUACAGUAUAUAUUCAAGACUUUGUGACUAUUCUGAGAGGGGGGAAAUCGAGGCAAAAAAGAAAUGGCCUACAUUGCUUAAUGGCACCAAUCAUAAUCAAUCUAGACCUAUUUUAGUUUCCAAUAUUUGUGUACUUUGUAGUUAUUUCAGAACAGGUAACAGCUCUAAUGGGUUGCUGUUGUUAAUAAAAGUGUGUAAGUAGACAUAGACAGUAUAAGAAUGUAGGUCUAAGUGGAAUUCCAAUUUAAAAUGUUACAUUUGUUAAAAUAAACAGUGUAGAAUUCUGGACACAAGUUUGCAAAGCAGCCAAGAACAGCAUCAAGAUGAGGCUAUUUGUACCAAAUUGUACUUAAUCGUAAGUGGUUGUUAAGUAGCUGGAAGAUGAAUCAGUAGAUGGCGGUAAAUGGUUGGUUGCCAACUAGCUAUGAAGACGAAAAAUAAAGUACCAUACUUACAGUAGCUGCGAGCCACAUGCGACUCGAGUGAGACGUGUUGUACUUCGAAGGUUUUUAAUCAGGUCAGUACUUUGAUAUUGUAAAUUUGGGCAAGACUACCUUCAUCUACAGGAGGAACAGUGGUAGUGGUGCUUAUGCUCCAGUUUUGUACUGAAACACUGAUUUUUAAAGUAAUUUGUACAAUUACUUAUUGUAGUUUCUAAAAUAAUGUAAUGGCUUUCUAGCAUCAAACAUUGUAUCUAUUUUCAAGUGUAUUUAAAGGGAUAGUUCACCCAAAAAUAAAGAUUCUGUCAUCAUCACCAUCAGAUUGUUCCAAACAUGUAU